CUCGCUUUAUGUGCCAAAUUGAAUCGCUACAAGGCAGGCUGAUCCCAAGCAUCAUUGUCACCAAACGAGGUCUCAAGAUGGAUUCAGAAGAUCCGAGACAUUUCUCACAUUUGAAUAGGCCAGAUAUCUGAAUGGGAAAGUAUACGCAGCCUUGCAGGUCGGUGAAAAGUGCCUAUCCAAGCCAGUUUAGUCCGGUUCAUCGCUAGGAGAAACCUUCUCUACGCGCACAAUACAUGAUGUGAGAGCGUACCUGCUGGGGGCCACGAUGGCUACACCGCAAGCCUAUCGCGGCGACCUUCUUCUCCCUACGCCAUGUCGUCUCUGUACUCUCCACUCUGUGCCUCGAGGCAGCAGUUUCGUUUGUUACGGAUCUUAAGCACGACGUCCGCCAUCAUAGAAUGUACGCUUGAGAUCGCAUCUCUGAACGACGAGAUUGAGUUCAAUGCCUUGUCAUAUUGUUGGGGCUCGGAACGGGAUGCGAUUGACAUCGUCGUCAAUGGUGGAAGGGUGUCCGUAACGCAGAAUCUUGCCGCUGCAUUGAAUCAUUUACGAUCGACACAGGACGUUGCAGUGGUGCCGAUCUGGGCCGAUGCCAUUUGUAUCAACCAGAGUGAUGUUUUAGAGCGCAAUGCUCAGGUGGCAAUGAUGUCCCAAUUAUACAAACUCGCGAAGCUCGUGCACAUCUGGUUGGGUGACUCAAAUUUGGUGCAGGUUGCAAGUAUGCAGGCUCUCCAAGAGCUGUCGGCCUCCAUAUUACAGGAUCCCAAUUCCGGAUGGACACGCCACUACGAUUCCUCCAAGUUGCAGCUAAUCGAAAAUCUUGCCGAAUUGAGUGGCAUUCCCUACUGGAGGCGUACCUGGAUCUUGCAGGAGAUCGCUCUGAAAGAUAGGAUUGUGUUGCACGGCGCUGGCAAGCGGGUUAAAUUUGCAUGUCCCUCCAGCUCAAGCUACGGUUCCGUAUGGACAUUUAUUUACAAUGCGCAAGAGCACAUACUGGCGGCAACCGGCGACGAAAUCGAGCGAAGGAUUCGACAGGUUGGAAUUUCGUCAAGGGAACUGUUUGAGCCGAUGGCCAUGGCGCAAUUAAUGAAGCAAGGUGACCGAUGGGCAGAAUCUGAUCAGAUGUCAAUGAAACGCAUCCUCAUUGAUGUGUUAUUCAGUUUCCGAGACUUUUGUUGCAGGGAUCCGAGGGACAAGAUAUACGGAUUGCUUGGUCUGUUGCCCAGCACAAUCAACAUCAUACCAGACUAUAACAAAAGCGCCGAAACCGUCUUUGCCGAAGCGACGCUACAGUUGAUCAUGCAUUCGAACAAUCUUGAAAUAUUGGGGCAGGCUUGCUCUCACAAUCGCAAUCUACCAUCUUGGGUUCCGGACUUCGCCGUCCCCUUUCGAGUGUACCAUAAGCUCAUCAAAUGGAAUACAAAAUAUCGAGCCGACGGUGCGGUUAGACCGGAGGUGCCAAUAGAAAUACAAACCACCGAUCUCAGAAGUCUUACUGUCAAGGGCUUUAUACUGGAUCGCGUGGUGCAGGUCGCGGACGGCUUGGUGGAAAUACCGGGAUGUGACAUGCCGACUCAAGUUCUUCGCACACUGCAGAGAUGGCAGGCGCUGUACCUCGCACAUUUCCCGUCGAACGAUCGCGAAACGUCCAACUCUAUGAUCGAGAGUCCUGUGUUCUGGCGCUGGGCGUAUGACGGCCUGAGUGGUCGAGGGCAUCUCUUGCAAGACGCCAAUAAGUUCGAUUAUUAUUUCAAAUUGCCGCAGCUUCUCAAGAGAGCUUUGAUCCCAGAAGAUCGUGUCGAUGAAGUCAUUCUGGAUUAUCUGCGGAAAAUUACAGCCUGGUACGACUACAUUGUCACAGCCAACGGUUUGAGCGGCCUAGCUUUCACAUCCGAUGCCGAUGCGGGAGACUUCAUCUUGGUGAUCUCGGGUGCACCUACACCAUUCUGUGCGAGGAUGGUGUCUUCAUCCCCGCAUACUACAUUCUCUCUCAGAGGUGCUUGCUUUGUCGAGAAUCAAAUCCUUGACGGUGAGAGAUCAGAGAAAAACGUCAUGUUCGGAGCUGCUGUCCAUGCAAGGCAAGCAGUGUUUGAAUCAGAUCGCUUGAACGGCGAGGAAGUAUUUUAUGACCUGCACAUCAUCUGAAUGCGUUGGUUGACGCGCGUUUCGGUGUGUGGCUGCCUGACAGUUGGCACGAGGUUUCGGUCGUGGCUUUGUACAUAGUCUAUGCUUGCGCGAUUGAUAUGCUGGAAUAACGUGAGUUACACAGCUUGGGAGUGAAGUUUUACCUGUAUUUUGAUCGAAAUAGAAGAUCGGGAUGGUCGAAAG